AUGGCCCAAUUGCAACAAAGAAUUCCCCCAAAGGAGACGAAUUUGGUUGCUGCUGAUGAUUCAGAUAAUGAUAAAUACAAAACCAUCUAUUGUAAUGCCACAUCAAACUGUCCAGAAGAUUUACCAUGCUGUUCUCAAUAUGGGGUAUGUGGUACUGGUAUGAAUUGUUUAGGUGGUUGUAAUCCUCAUUUUUCAUUUAAAAAGGAAGCAUGUAUGGCAAUGCCAGUUUGUAAGAACUUCACAACUGAAUUCAAAGAUACUGAAGUUGCAAAAGAUAUAAAUGAUUAUUUAGGUAAUCCAGAUGAUACUGAUUGGGUUUAUAGUGGAUUUAUUGCAGAUUAUGAUGAUUCAAUGAUCUUAGCCAUGCCAAACCAAUCUUCUGGUACUGUUUUAUCUUCAACUCGUUAUGUUUGGUAUGGUAAAGUUAGUGCAACUUUGAAAAGUUCCCAUUUAGCAGGUGUUGUUUCAGCUUUUAUCUUAUUUUCAAAUUCUCAAGAUGAAAUUGAUUAUGAAUUUGUUGGUUAUAAUUUAGAAAGUGCAGAAACUAAUUAUUAUUAUCAAGCUGUUUUAAAUUAUACAAAUUCUUUCCAUGCUAAUGUUUCAGAUACUUUUGAAAAUUAUCACACUUUUGAAAUUGAUUGGACUCCAGAACAAAUCACCUGGUUAAUUGAUGGUGAUGCUAAAAGAGUAUUGAAAAAAGAGGAUACUUAUAAUGAAACAACAAAAAGAUAUUAUUAUCCUCAAACUCCAUCAAGAGUUCAAGUUUCCUUAUGGCCUGCCGGUGCUAAAACAAAUGCUGUUGGUACUGUUGAAUGGGCUGGUGGUAAUAUCAAUUGGGAUUCAGAUGAUAUUAAAGACUAUGGCUAUUAUUAUAUGUUUUUGAAAAGUAUUGAAGUUCAAUGUUAUGAUCCUCCUCAAGGUACUUUGAUCGAAGGUGAUAAUGCUUAUGUUUAUAACAAUUCUAAAUUAUUUGAUACAGAAUAUAUCAUGAUUACUGAUGAUGAAACUGAAUUAGGUUCAAAAGAUGCUUCUGGACUGGAUCCAGAUAAAGAUUCAUCAUCAUCUGCAUCAUCAUCAAGUUCUUUAUCCUCAUCAUCCUCAUCAUCAAAAGGUUCAAAGACUUCAUCAGAUUCAGAUUCUUCUUCAACAGGCACUUCAGAUGAUUCCACAAAGACAUCAGGUUCAUUAGCUGCUUCAAGUGCAUCACCAACCGCUACUGGAUUUGUUCAAUUUGCGGGCUCAUCCACUUCAUCAGUUUCACAUUCAAAUGGUGCAAGUUAUGAAUCAUUUUCAUUAUUUUCAAUAAUUGUUUCAGUUUUGAUGUUGUUUGCAUAAUAGUUUAUUUCGUCAUGAUGAUAU